AAUGUAACAAUUGAUGUGAGGCCUUGCCCGGCUCCCACUCCUCAGCGAUCCCCUAGGCGCGGACCCAGUGCCUGCCCCUCCCCAGCGCUCUCUUUUCUAGUGCGUUCUGCGCUGCCCCUCCGCCGCUGCUCCGUUUUCUUUCCCUUUCUUUCUUUUUUCUCCUUCUCCUUCCCCCUCGCUCCCCCUUCUCCAGCUCCGUGUCAUUUCCUCCUUGGGCUCGCUCGCUGCCCUAGCGUCUGCAGUCCGGAGAGGAGGCGGAGCAGGGCGGCGCGGGCGGCGUAGCGCUGGAGAGCGAUGGUGGUGGAGCUGCUGGGGGCGGAGGCGACGUAGCCCCGGCAGAGAAGGAGCCCGCGGCGCCGCCGGAGCCGAGCCCACCAUGGAGAACCGGCCUGGGUCCUUCCAGUACGUCCCGGUGCAGCUGCAAGGGGGCGCGCCCUGGGGCUUCACCCUGAAGGGAGGUCUGGAACACUGCGAGCCGCUCACAGUGUCUAAGAUUGAAGAUGGAGGCAAGGCAGCUUUGUCCCAGAAGAUGAGGACUGGUGAUGAGCUGGUGAAUAUCAAUGGCACUCCAUUGUACGGCUCCCGCCAAGAAGCCCUCAUCCUCAUCAAAGGCUCCUUCCGAACCCUCAAGCUGAUUGUCAGGAGGAGAAACGCCCUUGUCAGUAGGCCGCACUCAUGGCAUGUGGCCAAGCUCCUGGAGGGAUGCCCUGAAGCGGCCACCACCAUGCAUUUUCCUUCUGAAGCCUUCAGCUUAUCCUGGCAUUCAGGUUGCAACACUGGUGACGUGUGUGUGCAGUGGUGUUCUCUCUCCCGGCACUGCAGCACUGAGAAAAGCAGCUCCAUUGGCAGCAUGGAGAGCCUGGAACAACCAGGCCAAGCCACCCUUGAGGGCCAUCUCUUGCCCAUUGAGCAGAACAUGUAUCCUAACCAGCGUGACUCAGCCUACAGCUCCUUCUCAGCCAGCUCAAAUGCCUCUGACUGUGCUCUUUCCCUCAGGCCAGAGGAGGCAGCCCCUGCGGACUGUAUCACACAAGGCUUGGGGCCAGCUAAGGCUCCCAAUGCCCGGGCUAAUGGGUCUGAGACCUCAGGAGGCAACCAGCAUACCCACACUGGCCGCCUGACCCCCAACUCCCAGAUGUCAUCGCACUCACAGGGGAACUACCACUCAGGGUCUGCCAAGACAGUCAGAGGCCCACCGCAGCCUCCAGUGAGGCGGGACAGCCUCCAGGCCUCCAAAGCCCAACUCCUCAAUGGAGAGCAGUACAGGGCAUCUGAGCCUGUGGACUCCUUGCAACAGAAGGAGAAAACAAGCUUAGACACAGUCUUAUCCCUGAAGAACCCUCACAGGUUCUACUGCCUCAGUGGGCAGGACCAUGUAACAGGCAAGGAGCAUCAGAACUGUGAGCUCAGCCAGCCUCCUGAAUCUAGCCAGCAGGGCUCUGAGCAUCUCCUCAUGGAGGCUUCUCUCCAAACCUGUGACAAAGCUUCUAGCAGAGAUUCCAGCGGAGCUGAAAUCAAUGAGACACCAGCAGAGCUAACUAAGGCUCCUCCCUUUGGCAGCCCUCAACUCCUCACAGGACCCACAGGGCAUCGCCACAGUGCCCCUGAGCAGCUACUGGCAUCCCACCUACAACAUGUGCACCUGGAUCCCAGAGGUAGCAAGGGGAUGGAAUGCCCAGCGGGGCAGGAUGCACACCAGUGGACUCUGUCCCCUUUGCACAGCAGCCACAAAGGGAAGACAAGCCCCUGUCCCCCUACAGGAGGGUCCCAGGAUCAGCCCAGCAGAGAAAGAAAGACCAGGCCAACGGACGACAGGCCUUUGAGUUCAGGACCCCAGAGCCAAAGAAGUUCUCCACAUGGAGAGGCUGAUGGAUGCCCGCCAGAAAGAGGAUUCCUGGACCCAAACAGAGCAAGCGGAACAGCUGGUGACUUGGCCAGGCAGCAGCCUGCUGCCUCUUGUGCUCUCUUUCAACAAACCAAAGACUGUUCUUCAGCUAGCAAAGUAGCUGGCAGCACAGACGUAACGGAGGAAGGAGACAGUGAACCCAAGGAGUGCAGUCGGAUGGGCGGCAGGCGAAGCGGAGGCCCCCGGGGCCGCUCAGUCCAAAACCGAAGGAAGAGUGAACGUUUUGCUACCAAUCUGCGUAAUGAAAUUCAGAGGAGGAAGGCCCAGCUUCAGAAGAGCAAGGGUCCCUUGUCACAGCUGUGUGACACUCAGGAGCCAGUGGAAGAGACCCAAGAGCUUCCAGAAAAUCCUCCUCUUCCUGCCUCUAACUCAUCUCUUCUAUCUUCAUAUAAAAAUCUCCCUAGCCCCAGAGAUAAGCUUUUCAACAAAAGCAUGAUAUUCAGGGCUAGGUCUUCAGAGUGCCUUAGCCAAGGUUCUGAGAGCCAUGAAUCUAGGACAGGCUUGGAGGGACAAAUAAGCCUUGGUCAGAGGCCUGGCCAGUCCUCUGUGGGCUUGAACACCUGGUGGAAAGCAUCUGACCCAUCCAUCUCAGACUCUGAAAGAGGAAAUGUUUACCAUGGUAUCCGUGGAGGUCAUCGAGGAUGGUCUCCGGAGCAUAACCUACCCCCACAUGUGGCACUACCCAUGGAAGGCUCUUCCAGCCCAAGUGACAACAAAGAACUGAAGGCUUCUAUUACCCAAGCUGGGGAGGAAACCACCCUCUUGCCCUUUGCAGACAGAAGAAAGUUCUUUGAAGAGAGCAGCAAAUCCUUAUCCACAUCUCAUUUGCCAGGUUUAACCACUCAUAGUAAUAAGACUUUCACUCAGAGACCAAAACCUAUAGACCAAAACUUCCAGUCAAUGAACUCCAGCUACAGGGAAUUAAGGUGCCAUCCUGUUGACCAAUCAUAUUAUUCCACAGACCAACCAUAUCAUGCCACAGACCAAUCGUAUCAUUCCAUGUCACCCCUUCAGUCAGAAACUCCCACUUACUCAGAAUGCUUUGUAAGCAAAGGUCUAGAAAAUUCUCUAUGCUGCAAGCCACUGCACUGCAGUGAUUUUGAUUGCCGCAGGACCUGCUCUUACUCCUGCAGUGUUCAGGGAGCUAUGGUCCAUGACUCUUGCAUUUAUUGUUCCGGAGAAAUCUGCCCCAGCUUGUUAAAAAGAAAUAUGAUGGCAAAGUGCUACAACUGCAGGUGCCACCACCACCAGUGCAUGCGGUGUGCAGCUUGCUGUCAUAAUCCUCAGCACAGUACCCUCGAGGAGAGCAGCUUGGCACCUGGCAACGCUUGGAAAUCCAGGAAGCCAACGGUGCAGGAAUUUCCUGGGGACAAAUGGAAACCAAUAACAGCAAACAAGAAGACUGGCCAGUCGGGGAGGGAAAUGGCUCAUUCCAAAGCCAACUUUUCAUGGGCAACCCCCUUCCAUUCCUGUAUUGAGAACCCAACACUGGACUUAAGCCACCGAGCAAUUUCUUCUCUUGACCUCCUUGGAGACUUCAAACAUGGCUUGAAGAAAACAGAAGAAACUUCAGUUUAUGAGGAGGAGAGCUCACUUGCCCCUAUGCCCCGUCCACUGCGCAGCCGUGCCUUCUCAGAGAGUCACAUCAGUUUGGAGCCUCCGAACACCCGGGCUUGGGUGCAGCAUCGGAGGGAGCUCUUUACUAAAGGCGAUGAAACACAACCUGAUCCUGUUGGAGCCAGGAAGAAGGCCUUUCCUCCUCCUCGCCCUCCUCCUCCCAACUGGGAAAAAUACAGGCUCUUUCGGGCUGCACAACAGCAGAAGCAGCAGCAGCUGCAGCAGCAACAGCAGCAGCAGCAGCAGCAAGAAGAGGCAGAAGAAGAAGAGGAAGAGGAGGAAGAGGAGGAGGAAGGAGAAGAGGAGGAAGAGGAGUUGCCACCUCAGUAUUUUAGUUCAGAAACCAUUGGUUCCUGUGCUCUCAAUCCUAAAGAGGUCCCAGAGCAGCCACAGCCCCUGAGCCUUGACAACCUGGUGGCCUCAAGGCAAGGUUCACAAAGCCUAUCAGAACAGGAGUCCUUUGCUCUCCAUUCCAGUGACUUCCUUCCUCCAAUAAGGAGCCACUUGGGAUGUCAAACUGAGCAAGCGCAGCCUCCUUGCUAUUAUGGCACUGGUGGACUUUGGAGGCCAUCAGAACAGGAAGCCACUGAUUCCCCCAAAUCAGAAGCAUCAUUGGCAGAAGAGUCCAAACCCAAGUCACCAUGGAGCCAGAGCUACUUCCUUCCUGAGGAGAAAUUCUCUCAGUUGGGUUGGGCCUCUGAGAAACAACACCUCGGCCCUGCAGACUUUGGUGCACCUAAGGCAACAAGGCAAGAGUUUCAGCACUUCUCACCUCCUCCAGUAGCUCCAGGAAUCCCUACCUCCUAUUCAGCUUAUUACAAUAUUUCUGUGGCCAAGGCAGAGCUGCUGAACAAGUUGAAAGACCAACCUGAGAUAGCAGAAAUUUGCCUGGGUGAGGAGGAAGUUGACUACGAACUAGCUCAAAAAAAGAUCCAGCUUAUUGAAAGCAUUGGCCGCAAACUUUCUGUCCUAAAGGAGGCCCAGCGAGGGCUGCUGGAGGACAUCAGUGCCAAUUCAGCCCUUGGAGAGGAGGUGGAGACCAAUUUAAAGGCCGUCUGCAAAUCCAAUGAGUUUGAAAAAUAUCGAUUGUUCAUCGGGGAUCUUGAUAAAGUGGUUAACCUGUUGUUGUCACUCUCUGGACGACUGGCGCGAGUGGAGAAUGCUCUUAACAGCAUCAAUUCGGAGGCGAACCAGGAAAAGUUGGUGCUGAUAGAGAAGAAGCAGCAGCUGACAGGCCAAUUGGCAGAUGCCAAGGAGCUGAAGGAGCAUGUGGAUCGUCGGGAGAAGUUGGUGUUUGACAUGGUCUCCCGCUACCUGCCUCAGGACCAGCUCCAAGAUUACCAGCACUUUGUCAAGAUGAAAUCUGCUCUCAUCAUUGAACAGAGAGAGUUGGAGGAAAAGAUCAAGCUUGGGGAAGAGCAGCUUAAAUGUCUCAGGGAGAGCCUACUCCUGGGGCCCAGCAAUUUCUAAAUCACCAGCAGUCUGCCACACCAUCCCUGACCAGCCACUGUGGGAAUUGCUUUCAUCUUCAGUAGUAGUUUGCUGACAAGUAGAUAGCAAUUAGUUGGCAGUUUGUUCUGGUCCUAUUACCCUGGAUGUCUCUCAUUUCUCCUUCCCUAGAAGCAGUCCCAACCAGCAAGGAUACCCUAAGGAGGUGCUAAGCUUCUACCUUAGGGAGCUACAGCAAGGUGUGGUUGUGCAAGUACCCUCCUUCCUACAGUGUGUGUGGACAAGCAUUCACUGCCCAUAGAACCAAACAAGUGCCUUUGUUCUUUGUACUAGGAUACCAAAGACGUCCUGAACUCUCAACCCACUCACACCAGGAUUGGUUUUUUUUAAGGAUCAGAGAAAAGCUACUUGGGCAGCUUCUUUCUGCCCCAGGGCUUGUGACCCAGCAAUUUGCUGUGGAGAUCUGGCUACCUUGAGGUCAUUCAUUUACUACCAGUUUCAGGGACUCACCCAGGCUUUGCAGUGCAAAGCACAAAGGCAGGUAUUACACACAAGAGAAUGUGAGUGAAGGUUGGGUAUCGCCAGGUGACCCUCAGGAAAAAGCCAGGCUUAAACAAAUUGGUUCUACUACUUUCCCCAGCAGCUGGUUGAUAGGAAAGAAGCCUGCUUUCAGCCUUGGGUAGUGUGGCUUCCUCCUCUCCUAAGACUUUGGGCCUACCACCUUUCAUUUCAUCUUGCUCUUGCAUUGUUGGGAGUUAAAGGUGCCCAUCCCAGUGCUUCACACUAUGGGUCCUUAAUAGCUCUACUAUAGCUGACUUCAGGAUAUAGAUUUCAUUAUUGGUGGAGAAGUUCUUAUUAUUAUAUUUUAAAUAGCCUCUUAAUUUUAUUUAUUUUUAUGUUUUGAUUGAUAUUUUUUCUUUUUUAAUUAGUAAGGUGAGAAGAGGGAAGUUGGAAAGGGAAAAGUUAGCCCAAGAAAGCAUUUUCUGCAGAUCAGCCUGAAUCCACCAUGGCUAGGUAAGCAUGUGCUGAAGCAUUCAGCCUUUCCCAUUAUAGCUACAACUGUUUAAGAAAGGUUUUCUCCCCUUGAGCUUAUAACUUCCCUAUCAUGGCCAGGCUGCUUGCUUCCCUUGAAGUCUGGAUGACUGUGAGCUUUCUAUUUCCCAGCAGCAUUAAGCUUUUUUAUUUGUUUUUGUAAGCCAAAGAAACCUGAAACUGAAAAAAGUCACCCAUUUUUCUAAUGACUCCAAGCCACAAGUAAGUGAAGGUAUGUUCAGGACAUCCUUUUCUAAUAACUGCUUUACAGCUUACGGCCUGGCUCAGGGAACCAGACUUUUGGUAGCUGGGAGCUGCAACCAGGACCAGCUCCCCAGAGCGAACUAUGAUCCAGCCAGUAUCUUGGCAUACAGCAUCCCCCUCCUUAGCUUAAGGGAUAUGUUCCAAGACCCUCAGGGGGACACCAGAAACCUUAUAUACACUGUGCCUUUUCUUACAUGCUCUGUAGCAGUGCCACACAGAGCUGGAGUUAAUCUUUCUUCCCAUGUUCUAUGUUCUAUGUUCUGGUUUUUCUUUUGGUUUACUACUCUUGUGUGUUGGGGUCAUUAUUAAGUAAAAGAAGGGUUACUUGGGUACAAGCACUGUACACUGCAAUACUUUCACAGCCAAUCUGAUAACUGGCGACUAAGUGACAAAAGGGUGGAUAGUCUGCAUAACUUGGAUAUGUUGGACCAAGGGAAGAUUCAUGUCCCAGAUGGGAUGGAGCAGAAUGGAACUAGAUUUCAUCAUGCUGCUCACAACGGCACACAAUUUAAAGCUCAUAAGUUUAUGUCUGGAAUUUUUCAUUUAAUCAUUUUGGACCAUGGUUGACCACAGGUAACUGAAAUUACAGAAAGUGGAAUUACAGGUAAGGGGAAACUACUGUACAAAGAACCCAAGCUACUGCUCUUGCCCAGGCCUUGACUGGUAGCCAGCUUGUAUCUUCCAAACGUGGGCAAUGGCAGGAAGGGAAUUCUAACCAAACCCUGACCUGUUACCUGGCUUAAUUCUCUAUGACUUGCUGAUUGAUGUCAACCUUUCAUAUUAUGUAGCCCACUUAAGCCCAACCUAACAAAGCCCUAGCAUCUCUUGUACAGCUGAGUUCCUCAGGAUGCUUGGAGGGUCACUGUAGUAAGGGAGGUACCUCAUCCAACCAAAGAAAUCACCAGGGAACUUUGCUGCUGCUACAGUUACUAGUCACUGUCUUCCAUUUCCUCUUCAUUGUAUCUGAAAACAAUGGGAGACUCUUAGCCAGCAGGGUGUGUGGGGCAGGGGGGAGACCCUUCCUGUGAGGCCCUGGUUCCGCUCUUAGUACUGCCGCCGGUGGCAAGAACCACUGUUAGUGUCAGUCCUGCUAUUCUGCCCUCCAGUGGAAGAUUUUACCCUUCUCAGGAAGGCUGAUGGCUUAUGAAUGGCAAAGUUUACCCAAUUGAAGGUUGAAGAGAUGGGGGACGUGCUUUGAAUAAAGGUCAUAGCUGCCAUUAUUUUUAACAGGGUUUAGGAACAAACAAAAAGCAGGUUGAAAUGUCUUAGACUGGAGGGGCUGGAUGAGGCCAAUGCAUUCCAGCAUUCUAACUUUUUUUUAAAGCCAUAAUAGAUUUUUGAGAAUUUAGGGCUGGGGCAAAGAGUGAUAAUUUACCUGGAUACUAUAUGAUCACAGUCUGGAUUUUUCUAACGAAUAUUAAACUAGUUAUACCUAAGGUGCGUGAUACCAAAAAUACUAUUAACUGUCAUUUUUGUCUCUCAUCUCACUUCAAAUUAGUUUCCAUAAUGGGAGUCACGAUACAAGGAUAUUCACUUUCACAUAGAAGGACGGUUUCCAAAGCUCCUAAAAAUUUAACCCCAAAACUGUACUAAGCAGUGAUGCCCUGUAAACAGAGGUGAACUACUAAAUAGAUACUGGCAUGCCAACUCUUGCUGUGCUAGUGCCGUGUGAGUGACAGUGCUACAGAGUCACUGUGAUUACUUGUUUCUCCCUUGUCCUCAAUUUCUGGGCUAUCCCUCUUCCAAAGCUUUUGAGGGGGUAGCAGUUUGGAAGGCAGUCAACUGACCUCUCCAAAGACUGUUAUUGGUUUCAACAUGUACUCUGUUCCUUCAAAUACUUAUAGAGGUCCCAGAGGGUAAGAGGUAAACAGGGUGGUGAAUAGAUAGGAAGGAGUCAGUGCAAGGGUUCCUGUCACAUGUCUCCUCUUACUUCCCUCAUCCCCAAGACUCUGAAUAAUUGGGUCUCCCUGAGUCCCACAUCCAGAGACUCAGCCAGAAUAUAGAAAUAAAUGCCCAAGUGGAAUCCAAGAUAAUGAAACAAAGACACUAAAAAUAAAGCCCUAGAAAGGAAGCGCUUAGAAGCAGAGAAAAGGCACGAGGGUGAAAAGAUGCAAAGCCUUUUUUCAAGGUUAAAUUCAGGUUCUAUUGCCCCUUUAACCUCAUGUUAAAUGUGCCCCAAGAAAAGCUGCCUAGGGUCACUAGAGUUAUAUCCUCAACCCCAGCCUCCCUGAAGGUGCUGCUCUGCCAGUAGCAGGCCCCAGAUGGAAGAAGCUGGGCACAUUUAUGGCAGCUCCACUACCCAUCUAGAGCUUUGACAACUCCCAAUGUCUUUGCCAGAGGAGUUGUCUAUGCCAGUGGUAUUUCCAUAACAGCAUGUUAUAUUAUUUGAAGAUUAGUAGAUCUUUACGGGGGGGGACAGGGACAGUUUGUGUAGAUAAAGAAUCAAUGUUUGUUGUACAACUGUGGGGGGUCAUCUAUCCCAUGUAAAGCUAUUAUUUUUUCUGAAUCUUAAUGUUUCUGUAUCUGUGUCCUCCACCACUCCCUUCUCGGCAGACAUAGAUAUGCCUGCCAGAUUGUCAUCAAGGGACAUACUUCAAUAAAAGGUGCUAAGGACAAAAA